AGUUACUAUCCUAAAGUGAUCCGCACUGGGAGACUGGUCCUACGCUGUAGGACGUGAAGGGGGGGAAAAAAAGCAAGCAAGUGACCUCGCCUUCAGGUCCUCCUCCAGUGUCCCACUUCCCUUUCUUCAGUCCCAGGUUUCUUCCUCCUGGGCUCAUCAGAAGGGCACACACAGCUACACCGAAUGGCCCGCCGCGGCAGGUGUAGACAGCAUCGGACGUCGGGGUUCAGCGUUAGCCCUGUGUCAGGUUUGCGCUCAGGGGCCGCGUCGGCUCGCGCCGGCUCCGGGAUGGGCUAGCUAGCCCGGGACCCGCUCCGGCUUCGGGACCCCCUCUCUUGGGCCGCCUUGGCCCCGCCCCACCCCGCCCUCCCUCUGCCUCAUUGGCAGCCGCACGCGCGUCGGGGGUUGCCAGGGCGACGGGUCGCUAAGCUGCAAGUCAGCUCCAACUCUAAGCCAGUCGGCCUCCGGUGGAGGCAGCAGGGGGAAGGCCGGAGGGCAGGUGGUGAAACGCGGUGGCGGGCGGCGGGGCCCAGGCGGGCGCCUCCUCCCGGCCCGGCCCGGCCCCCCUCCCGGCACACAGGCAGGCCGGGGCGGGGGGCCCCCCGAGGCCGGAGCGGCCCGGGCCCCGUCGGGGCGGCCGGGGCGGGGCGAUGCCGGGCGGUGGCAGCGGCGGCCCGGGCCGGGGCCCGUGACCAUGGGCAUCGCCGAGUCCACCCCGGACGAGCUGCCGUCGGACGCCGAGGAGCAGCUGCGCAGCGGCGAGCAGCAGCUGGAGCUGAGCGGCCGGCGGCUGCGGCGCCUGCCCAGCGCCGUGUGCGCGCUGAGCCGCCUGCAGAAGCUCUACGUGAGCGGCACCGGGCUGCGCGAGCUGCCCGAGGAGAUCGAGGAGCUGCGCGAGCUGCGCAUUCUGGCGCUCGACUUCAACAAGCUGGAGAGCCUGCCCGACGGCCUGUGUCGCCUGCCGCGCCUCACGCGCCUCUACCUGGGCGGCAACCGGCUGCUGGCGCUGCCGGCCGACUUCGCGCAGCUGCAGAGCCUGCGCUGCCUCUGGAUCGAGGGCAACUUCCUGCGGCGCUUCCCGCGGCCGCUGCUGCGCCUGGUGGCGCUGCAGUCGCUGCAGAUGGGCGACAACCGGCUGCGCGCGCUGCCCGCGGAGCUGCCGCGCAUGACGGGCUUGCGUGGUCUCUGGCUCUACGGCAACCGCUUCGAAGAGUUCCCGCCCGCGCUGCUGCGCAUGGGCCGGCUGCACAUCCUCGACCUGGACCGCAACCGCCUGGGCGGCUUUCCCGACCUGCAUCCGCUGCGCGCCCUGCGAGUUUUCUCCUACGAUCACAACCCAGUCACCGGACCCCCGCGCGUGGCGGACACCGUUUUCCUAGUAGGCGAGGGCGCCGUCGAGCGCAUGGCUGAGCGCGACGAACCCGUUCCCCGGCCUCCAGCCCGGCGUCCGGUCCGGGUCUUUGAGGAUGAGGAGGAAGAAGACCUGCUCAUAGGGGGCGCGGGCCCCAGGGUCCCGGAGCCCGCCAGGGACAGACUUCGAGCCUUGGAAGCCUCUCCAGGAUUGGGUACCUGAGCCUCUGCCCCGAGUGGUGGGCUGGAACACUCUGGAAGGAGGGGCUCCGUCGCUGGGCCUCUGACUUGGGGCAGUGAAGGAGCGGCAUUGAGCGAGCUGUCUGGCUGAGGCAGGCCUGAGGCCGUCUUCACACGCUCCUAGGCAGUAAGAGAGACUCCCUGGGCUGACCUCUGGGCAGUUUUCAGAUCAAGAAGUCUGGGAUCGAGCCUCUGAUGGUACAACAGAUGAGCCGGUUCUCACCUGGAACCAGGGUCACCGCUCUCCAGAGAAUCAUCCCCACUGACUCUGGAUGUCCAGGGUGCCUAUCACUUCCACCUGGGGUUUGGAUCUCCUAGGCCUACCCUAGCUGUUGCUGGGGUCAUUACCUCUGGGGCAGACUGUACGGGGACAACUCUGCCCCUCUGCGUGUUGGGGGUUCUGGCCACAGGCAAGGCAUAGGGACUCCAUCCAAGAUAGACGCAGGCACAGUUGGGACCUAACACCUCAGCUUUCCUCAGUUCUCCAUCAGGUCCCCCGACAGCAGUAAGGUGCACAGAAGAGAGGGUCUCCCCACCCCGCCUUUCCUCCUGAUUUCUUUUCCCAGCA